AUGGUGCUAGGAAAGGUCCGCGCCCUGGCCAUCUUCUUCGACUCUCUGAAUGAGCACAAUCUGCCGGCCUUUUCCGGCGGGGACCUGGUGUCAGGGCGCGUAGUAGUGGAGGUCACUGGUGAUGUCCGCGUUAAGAGCUUGGACAUCACGGCCAGAGGAGUGGCCAAAGUGCGAUGGACUGAGUCUCGCAAUGCGGGAGCCAACACGGCGUACACUCAGAACUACACCGAGGAAGUGGAGUACUUGCAUCACUGUGACACCUUGAUCGGAGAGGAUCGAGAUGGAGACGGUCCAGAGGAAGGCUUGACUGUUCUGCACACUGGAUUACACGAGUUUGCAUUCAGCUUCAACCUGCCUCAGAUGGCCUUAGCCACUUCCUUUGAAGGGAAGCAUGGCAGUGUAAAGUACUGGGUGAAAGCUGAACUGCACCGGCCAUGGCUGCUCCCCGUGAAAGCCAAGAAAGAGUUCAUUGUGUUCGAGCACAUCGACAUCAACACUCCACUGCUGCUGGCUCCGCAGGCGGGUUCCAAGGAGAAGACGCUGUGUUGUUGGUUCUGUGCUUCGGGGCCCAUUUCUCUGAGUGCAAAGAUAGAGAGAAAAGGCUACACACCAGGUGAAUCCAUCCAGAUCUUUGCUGAGGUGGAGAACUGCUCGACUCGGGUGGUGGUUCCAAAAGCUGCACUCUAUCAGACACAGACGUUUUACGCCAAGGGCAAGGGCAAAGAAAUUCAGCAAUUGGUGUCCAAUCUGCGAGGAGAUCCUCUACCUCAGGGCAAGAGCCAGAGCUGGGAAGGGAAAAUGCUCAAGAUCCCCCCUGUAUCCCCCUCCAUCCUGGACUGUCCCAUCAUCAAAGUGGAGUAUGUACUUAUGGUGUACGUGGACAUUCCUGGGGGGCUAAACUUGUCGCUGUCAUUACCAUUGGUGAUCGGAACCAUACCUCUUUACGCCUCUGCUUCACGUACAUCCAGCAUCAGCAGCAACUGCAGCGCGAUGAGCUGGCUGGGCCUGGCGGACCUUCCAGAGGCUCCUCCAAGUUACAGCGACCUGGCCAUAUCAGAGUCUCACAGGCGAGACUGCCUGCGUGGCUGUGAUAGGCAUGACUCAGAAGGAGAGGACCCUGCCUCUGUACUCUCUUACAUCACAGAGUUCAGAUAUCUGCCCCCACCACUCUACUCCGAGGUGGACCCGUACCCUGCCCCUGAGGACUGUGGGAGCUCGGAUCUGAGAAGGCCUGAUGUGUGCCCGUCUCGCUGA